AUGGAGCGUCGCAAAUCAGAUGUCGUCGCUGUCGCCCUCCACCUUCUAGCUAGCACUAGGUUAGCUGAACUGCGUAACUUACUACUACAUACAUGAUGUCGCUGAACACGAAUAGUAGUGUCAGUACGCUCGCUGCAGUUUUUUUUUCUUUCUAGAAACAUCCUUUCAAAGCUGAUAAACAUCUGCUCGACUGGGAUGCACUAGCAUUUAUUUUCUAAAUGGACAACUGACUUUUAGCUACCAAGCUAAUGUAGCAAUAGAACGUUUAGAUGCACUGCUAGCUAAGCUAGCUAAUCGGCCUGUGGAUAAACUGUUUACACUGGCAGACAACAUGGCAGAGUCAUUAUCAGGGGUUAAUGUUGUUCUGGUUAUGGCCUAUGGAAGCUUGGUGUUUGUGCUGCUGUUUAUCUUCGUCAAAAGGCAAAUCAUGCGAUUUGCAAUGAGAUCCCGCAGAGGACCCCAUGCACCUAUUGGCCACAAUGCACCUAAGGUUUUGAGGGAGGAGAUUGACUCCAGAUUGUCCAAGGUCCAGGAGAUCCGCUUUGAGCCUCGACUCCUAUCAGAAGAAGACGAUAGGCUGAAGCAAGGAUCACAGAUUAGUUGCUACAACUACCUGUACAGAAUGAAAGCGCUGGAUGCCAUCCGUGACUCAGGAAUUCCUCUGCAGGAGAUAAGCCGCUGUCCCAGUGCGUUUACUGGACGCAGCUUCAGGAACUGGCUGUUGGAGUUGCGCAACUCCCACUCUCUGAUCAAGAGCAGCCGCAGCGCGCUUAUUGACCGUUUGCUUGAAGGCUACGACAGCGCUCGCCAUGGGACUGGGGUGUUCGGGGAAGCAGAGUUUCUUGAAUACCAGCAAGCUCUAAAUGAACUGGCUGAUGUGGUGAAAGCCUAUUCCAGUACCACCAGCCUGGACCAGCAUCACCAGUCUGCAGCCAAGGACCUGACAGGCUCUCCUGUGCGGAGCACUCCCUCCACCAUCCAGGUCACCUACCUGCCCUCCACCGGCCAACGCAGCAAGAGGCCCAAACAUUUUCUGGAGCUCAAAAGUUUCAAAGAUAACUACAACACACUGGAGAGCACCCUGUAAGAGACCACUGUUAACUUGCGGACUGUCAAAGUGAGUGAGUGUUAGAAAAAGAAACGCCUCAUUUUAUAACAAUAGUUUAAAAAAAGAAUUCUCAUUAUGGUGAAGCCCCUAUUUGCACAUGUUACUCCCAAGGCUUUUGCUCUUAAUUUGGACCUAACAAGUGUUUUCAGAGAACAAACAUGAUUGUAGAAAACUGUGCAAGGUUUCCAUCGUCAUUUUUGUAAAAACAACAAAGUUAAUGGCAAGUCACCUGGAUUUAUUUUUAUCUUUCUCAAAGUCCAAAUGUAAAUAUGAGUGUACCUUUUGAUUAACUGUGUUUGUACAGAUGUAAGAUAUUUAUACGGACAUUGAUAACUUAUUUAAUUGAAAUUGAGUGAUUUGUAUUUAUGUCAGGUUGUUCAUGUCUGUGGUUUGAGAUAAAAGCCUUACUACUCAC